AUGACAGCACUCACUGAUGAUACCGACUACGAUGCCGGCAAAACGUUUGAGAAUACCUGCGCCUGGCUGAUUCGACAUAUCAUGCGACCACAUUCACCACUAGCCCUCUGUUUGUUGAGAGGCCUCGAUGCUGGUGUUAGUCACACGGACAGCUCUCGGCUGGCAGACUCAAAACGUUACUUACAUCAGCAUGCUCUACCCAGUCUAUUGACUGGUAUCUUCUCUCGUUUGCGGUUUUUGGCGGGCCGCUACACCGAAGAGAUUGCCUCGCCUGGUCACACAGUCUUGGGCAGACAUAGCGCUUCUUCACUCAAGUCUGAAGGACCGAUGUAUGUCACUGACUCUUUUUUUCUUCUUUCCCAGAUUGAUGAUUUUACUUUUUUCGUACUUGAGGGCUUUAGAACCAGAUUUUGCUAUAAUCUAUUUGCUGAAAUAUUUUUAAUAAGCCUUGUAUACACCAGCAUUACAUUUUAUUGA